UUUUUUUUUAAUAUGCUAACAAUCGCCUAGAUUGUGACAAUGUUCAAUGCAUUCUUUCAUUUUUCAGGCAUUACAUUCCAGGCUGAAGAAUGACGUCAACACACUCCAACAGGAGUUUUCUAAACUCCAUUGUGUUACAGUGCUCCGGUGAAGAUGUUAACGACCCAGAGGUGAAGAGACGUGCGGACAAAGUGCGGGAGGACUUGCACAAAGUGGAGACCCCGUUUAACUGGCUGACCGACGUUGGGGACAAGGCAGACAAUGUCCUAUACCAGAGGGCGGUCGCUAGGAAUCACCUCUACACCUGGGAGGGCUACCUCAACCCAUUCGUCCAGAAGAUUCUGCAGGCCUACUAUGCCAUGUACAAGAACGACCGAUUGGUGGUAAUCAAGUGCCUCACCAUGGCCGAGAAAUGCAUCAGGAAAGGCGAACAAAACGGCAACUUCAAGAUCCUCAACUACAGCGUGGCCAUCCGCCACGUCUACGCAGCCACGGUAGCCAGUGUGUUUUAUAGGUGCUCAAUGUUCACUAGGGCCCGCCAGUUUCUGGAUCCGAUUACCCCACUCCGUUCCAUGACAAAACAAUCGCUCGCCUGUAUCUACUUCAUGAAGGGUUUGACGCUGUUUUAUACAGGGAAAGAUGGCUACGAGGAGGCACUACGCUGCGUGGUCAACGGCCUGAGGGUAGACCACGAGGAUCCUGAGCUGAGGUUCCUCUGCCUCAUGCUCAUCUACUACCUCUGGAACAAGGAGAUCAGCCCCAACCUCCUCGACGCCGCCGCCUAUCAUCUCAAGCACCACUUCCAAGCGGUCAUCAAUCUCCGUCCGGCGACCUUCGAGAACUUUUACAAUACCACGUCUCGCCUUAGAAAGGUGCAACCUGCAUUACAAAAAAUGGAACGUUGUUUGAAUCGUGUAUCCACCGAAACAACGACCAAGGAGGUUAACUCGAUUGAAUUGGAAAUGGUUGAGUGCCUAGAAGUAGAACCUCACUACUCAGACCUCAUCGGAUUUGUGGCACAUUUCUUUAUAUCCACCAACCAGCCAGAAAAAGCCUACUUCUUGCAGGGGAUCGCCAAACUGGUUCACUUCGACAACGCCUACAGGUGGCUAGACUACCGGAUGCUUCUCUUCCCCGAGCGUUGCGAGAGCGAAGUCUUCCGCAACCUCCUCCAGUACCACCACGGCCAGGACGCUGUCAAGAUCUACAAGAGGAUCGCUUUCCACUAUGUCUUGUACGACCCUGACAAGGCUUUCUUCUAUGCCAACAAGGCAUUGGCCAUCGAGAACGAUCAGUGGAUGAUGAAGAAUUCAACCAGUGGCAACUACGAUGUCCCCAUAUACGACGAAAAGGUACUCGUCUUUGAAACCAUGAGUGGUAUAGGUUUCUACAGGUUCAUGAUAUACUACGCCCAUGUCUUGUCGAGAGGAGAAUCUGCACGCCAGUUCCUCUGGCAGAUCCAAGAGGUCCUUCCAACCUACCUCGAGGCCACGCACUUCAGCCAGGAGUGCCAGAAGAUGAUGGAUAUUCUCCUCAAGAACGAGUUUUACCGUGACCCUCUAAAGGUUCCAUUCAGAGGCAGUUACCAAACUGUCGUCAUUCACUGCUAUGAUGACUAAGAGGGGAUUAUUACCUGCUAUUAAGAAUUUUAAAAAUGGAAUUUCAAUUUUCUUUCGGUCUAUAAAAAUAAUAUAAAUUAAUAUUUUUUUUUAAGUACAAUA